AUGGUUGGUGAGCGAGUAUUGCUGAAAGUUUCACCCAUGAAGGGUAUGAUGAGGUUCGGAAGGAAGGGAAAAUUAGCCCUCAGGUUCAUUGGUCAGUUUGGGAUCAUUCGGUUUAUUGGUGAGUUAGCCUAUGAGUGGGCUUUGCCUCCUGGUUUGUUGGGUAUUCACCCCGUAUUUCAUAUUUCGAUGCUAAAGAAGUACCAUUCGGAUGGCUCUUAUGUGAUUAGAUGGGAUUCAGUAAUACUUGAUCAAUUAUACGGAUUAGAUACCUCCAUUCUUUUAGUGAUUCAGGAUCUCAUCAAUGGGAGGGUGAAGGAGAUUGGUAAGCUGCAGGAUGGACUAUAUUAUUUCCUACAGUAUGUGAAAACUCAAUUCAGUAAAACUGUGAAAACUGUAAGGUCUAAUAAUGGUACUGAGUUUGUAAAUGAGUUUUGUAGCAAGUUGUUCUUAUAUCUGGGAAUUGUACAUCAAAUAUCUUGUGCUUAUACUCCUUAG